AUGUAUGCUUCAGACUUGGCAGUUACCACAGCGUCGAGGAGAGGACUCAAUCGCGCUCGAGAGAUACAGAGAUACGUUUACACGGGGUUAUUGUCUUCUGAGAAUCACGGCGAGAACCACCGCUGCGCCAAACGAGGGGGUGCUGGCACCCGAGGGCAGGCCGCGGCCGGAACGUCUGCGAAAGCUGGAGGUGCGGCGGGCGUCUCUACACGGAGCGUGGACGGCCUCUCGGGGGCUCGCAGCCUGGGUCCCUUCCUGUUUCUCCGCGCGCUCUUUUUCUUUCAUCAGUAUAAGAUAAUCCUCGUAAUCCCAAUAAGUCGUCGGGUCUUCCUCGCAGUACUCGCGGUUCUCAUUUGGCGGCGCCGGUACCGCUCCUCGCGCUCGUAUUCAUGCUCCCAGCUGUCUCGACACAACAAUAACAUGUACAUUAGCCAGACGGUCACGUCUCUCCGCGCUCUACUCCACUCAACAAACUUUUUACCGAGUGGAUUACGAACGACGCAGCUGACGCGACUGAGGGAACAGACUCAGAUCUACAACAUAUACGCUGCCUACUAA